AUGCGGCCGCUCGCUCCUUUGUCGCCCGCCAUGAUAAGUGGUGAAGCAGUAAGAAGACAAUUGUACUCUGUUGCUGAGUAUUUUGAGUUGUCAUACAUCACUGAUGACUACAAACAAUUUGUGGUCAACACCUUGAAAGACUAUGCUAUCAAGGCAUUGAUUAACACUGUGGACCAUCUUGGAUCAGUUUCAUACAAGGUAAAUGGUGUUCUGAAUGAGAAGGUUGAUGCUAUUUCUGUAGCAGAAUUUCGAGUUUCAAGUAUCGAACAGAAAUUUCGAACGACUCAAGAACUUGUCGAUCGCGAAGGGCUAACUCAACAGUCUCUGGUAAUCAAAACUCCUAGAUACCACAAACGAUAUGUUUUACCUGGCAAGUCUCUUUUCCUUCUACGAGGUCCACUGGUCCAACCAUCCUGA